CCGUCCCGCGGCGCGGCCCGCCACGAGCGGCUGCGGGAGAAGAUGCGGCGGCGGCAGGACUCUGGGGACAAGUGGUUCUCCUUGGAGUUCUUCCCUCCACGCACGGCCAACGCCGCCGUCAACCUCAUCUCCAGGUUUGACCGCAUGGGCGCGGGUGGCCCCCUCUUCAUUGACGUGACGUGGCACCCUGCAGGAGACCCAGGAUCUGACAAGGAAACCUCUUCCAUGAUUAUUGCCAACACUGCAGUCAACUACUGUGGCCUGGAGACCAUCCUGCACAUGACGUGCUGCAACCAGACCAAGGAUGACAUCACAGGGCACCUGCAGAAGGCCAAGAGGCUCGGCUUGAAGAACAUCAUGGCACUGCGUGGAGAUCCCGUGGGUGAGGAGUGGGAGGAAGAAGUAGAUGGCUUCAACUAUGCUGUUGACCUGGUUAAGCACAUUCGCAGUGAAUUUGAUGAUUACUUUGACAUCUGUGUGGCAGGCUACCCCACAGGUCAUCCUGAAGCAGAGAGCUAUGAGGCAGACCUGAAGCACCUGAAGGAGAAAGUCUUUGCUGGGGCAGACUUCAUCAUUACACAUCGAUCAGAAACCUUCCUUAAGUUCCUGAAGGACUGUCAAGCUGUUGGCAUCACCUGCCCUGUUAUUCCUGGCAUCUUCCCCAUACAGGGUUACCACUCCCUGCGCCAGCUGGUGAAGCUCUCCAAGCUGGAAGUGCCUCAAGAAAUCAAAGAUGUGAUUGAGCCCAUCAAGGACAACGAUGCAGCUAUCCGGAACUACGGGGUGGAGCUGGCAGUGUCCAUGUGCAGGGAGCUGCUGGACAGUGGCAUGGUGCACGGGCUCCACUUCUACACCCUCAAUCGGGAGGUGGCCACCACUGAAGUCCUCAAGCGCCUGGGCAUAUGGAAGGAGGACCCCAGGCGGCCUCUGCCCUGGGCAGUCAGUGCCCACCCAAAGAGAAGAGUGGAGGAUGUUCGGCCAAUCUUCUGGGCCUCUAGACCCAAGAGUUACAUCUACAGGACCCAGGAGUGGGAUGACUUCCCCAACGGCCGAUGGGGUAAUUCCUCCUCUCCAGCCUUUGGGGAACUGAAGGACUAUUACCUCUUCUACCUGAAGAGCAAGUCUCCCCGGGAGGAGCUCCUGAAGAUGUGGGGGGAAGAGCUGACAAGUGAGGAAAGUGUCUUUGAGGUGUUCACCUGUUACAUCACUGGAGAACCCAACAAGAACGGUUACAAGGUCACGUGUAUGCCGUGGAAUGAUGACCCUCUUGCUACUGAAACCAACCUUCUGAAGGAGCAGCUGGAGAAGGUGAACAGACGAGGGAUCCUGACCAUCAACUCCCAGCCCAACAUCAAUGGCAAACCAUCCACAGACCCCAUUGUGGGCUGGGGGCCCAGUGGGGGUUACGUCUUCCAGAAGGCAUACCUGGAGUUCUUCACCUCCAGUGAGAUCGUCACAGCUCUGCUCAAGGUGCUGAAGAAGUAUGAGCUGAGGGUGAACUACCACAUUGUCAAUGUCAAGGGCCAGAAUAUCACCAAUGCCCCAGAUCUGCAGCCCAAUGCUGUCACCUGGGGCAUCUUCCCAGGCAGAGAGAUCAUCCAGCCCACUGUGGUGGAUCCUGUCAGCUUCCUCUCCUGGAAGGAUGAGGCCUUUGCUCUGUGGAUCGAGCAGUGGGCCAAGCUCUAUGAGGAGGAGUCACCCUCUCGUAUGAUCAUCCAGUACAUCCAUGACAACUACUACUUGGUCAACCUGGUGGACAAUGACUUCCCCCUUGACAACUGCCUCUGGCAGGUGGUGGAUGAUACUUUUGAGCUGUUGAACUCUCCAACUCAGCAGUGAAACUUCUACUUUAACCCCUCCGUCCUCCUUCCUUCCA